AUGAAAUCCUUUGGUUUUUCUAAAUUCACUUUGUUAGAUAGUCUUGUUAAUUAUAAGGCACCUCAUAUACCAAUACAUAAUAAUGAUUGUAUAAAGUAAACUAAAUCAAAAACCAAAGAACCUUUCCACUCCCCCAAAAAUGUGUAACUUUAAUAAGAGUUCCCUAAACAUUUAAGUCAAUCUGUAGAACUUUAAAGUGAAUCUUAAGAAUAACUAUAACCUAAACGUAAAUUAACUCUAAAUCGAAUCAGAAAUCAAAGUCUUGGAGCACCAUCAAUUAAUGUCUAUUUAGAAUAAAUAGAAAUAGCAAAAGUAAACAAUAGAUAAAUUAAACAUGAUAUGAAUAAAAUCCUUAAUAAUGUAAGUCAUUAUGUAUCUUAAAUCAAAGCUGAUUAGAAAUCUAAAAAGUAUAUAAUUCCACCUACUAAAAACAAUUUCUCAACUGAUAACAAAUUUAAACCAAUUAACCUUGAUAGCAAAGAUACUAUUGAUAUGAUUUCAUCUAAUUAAUCUCUUAAAAUACCUUAACAUGAAAUUUCAAGAAGUUGCUUAUCUGAAUAAUCUACAGCAAGAAGAAUGUAAUCAGAUAAUCAUGCUAUAAAUAAUCUAAUAGAACUAAUUAAAGAAUUUCAUUCUAAAUUGGAUUAACUUAAAAAAUUAUGGUAAAAUGAUUAAAGGUUAGAGAAAUUUAUCAAAUUUCAAGUUUCACUUAAACCUGAUUUAUAAGCUAUUUUCUUUCCAGAUGAAGAUACAAACCAUAUUCAUUUGAAUUUCCAAUAGUUGCAAAAGUUGUUCAUUAUUCCAAAAGUUAAUUAAUAAGGGGAAAUAUGGAAUUUUACAGCUGGUUAUCAAUUAAGAGAUAUAGUCAAUUCCAUUAAUAAGAUCUUGGAAUAAUAAAAGUUUUAAGAACUCUUUGAUAUCAAAAAAUCAAUUCUAGAAUCUUCAAAAACUAUCAAGGAAUUGGAAUAGUAUCUCAUUAUAUCCUAAUUAGGCAUAAGGUGAUUCAAAAAUAUUCAUUAAAAAAGGAUUACAAUUAUUUAAGUUUUCAAAGUCUUCUUAUGAGUAAUGAAGAUAAGGAUAAGAAUGUUGACAAAAUGGAAAGAUAAUUAGGAUCAUUAGGUAAAGUAACACUUUAGAAUAGAAAAAUGAGUAAUAUGAUCAAUGAUGCCAUUCAUCACUUAUAAUAAAAAUAAAUCAAUUGA